AGAAGAUGCCCAACAAGAAGAAAGCGGAGCCAGAGACUGCGGCGGGCGGUGAUGCCAGGGACGUUGUGAUCUCGGGACUGUCGGGCAAGCUGCCGGAGAGCAGCAACAUUGAGGAGUUCAAGUACAAUCUGCUCAAUGGCAUCGACAUGGUCACAGAUGAUCCCAGGCGCUGGGAGGCAGGAAUCUACGGACUGCCGGAGCGCAUGGCCAAGAUGAAGGACGAGGAUCUGGAGAAGUUCGAUGAGAAUUUCUUCAGUGUGCACCAGAAGCAGGCCGAGCUGAUGGAUCCCUGCAUGCGCAUGCUGCUGGAGCUGACCCACGAGGCGAUCAUCGAUGCGGGCAUAAAUCCCGCCCAGCUGCGCGGCACCCGCACCGGCGUCUACAUUGGCCUGUCCUUUGUGGAGACGGAGCACGAGAUACCCAACAUGGAGCCGAGCACCAUCAAUGGCUACUGCCUGACGGGCUGUGCCCGCGCCAUGUUCGCCAAUCGCAUCUCCUACACCUUCGACUUCAAGGGGCCCAGCUUCAUCGUGGACACCGCCUGCUCCAGCUCGCUGGUGGCCCUCUCCCAUGCCUACGCGGACAUGCGAGCGGGUCGCUGCGAUUACGCGCUCGUCGCGGGCGUCAAUCUCAUCCUGAAACCGAUCUUUGCGCUGCAAUUCCUGCGCUUGGGCAUCGUUAGCCAGGACGGUGCCUGCAAGACCUUCGAUGCGGCUGCCAACGGCUAUGCGCGGGCGGACACCUGCGCUGUGGUCCUGCUGCAGCGCCGUGCCCAGGCCAGGCGUGUCUAUGCCUCCAUUUUGAAUGUGCGCACCAACACGGACGGGUUCAAGGAGCAGGGCGUCACCUUCCCCAGCGGCUGCAUGCAGCAGGAGCUGCUGAAGGAGACCUACAGCGAGAUUGGCCUCAAUCCCGAUGACGUUGUCUAUGUGGAGGCCCAUGGCAGCGGCACGCCCGUGGGCGAUGACCAGGAGGCCAAUAUGCUGAGCAACUUCUUCUGCCAUCCCACGCGACCCACGCCGCUGCUCAUCGGGUCCGUCAAGUCGAAUAUGGGCCAUGCGGAGCCCGCCUCGGGUGUGAGUGCCCUGGCCAAGAUGAUCAUUGCCAUGGAGGAGGGCAUCCUGCCCAGCAAUCUGCACUACCGCACACCCAAUCCCGCUGUGCCCGCCCUGGUCGAGGGUCGCCUCAAAGUGGUCGACCGCAAUAUGCCCUGGCAGGGCGGCAUUGUGGGCCUCAACUCGUUUGGCUUUGGCGGUGCCAAUGCCCACGUCAUCCUCCGGUCACACGGCAAGUCCAAGGCCCCGAAAGCAACCCCCAAGGCCACGGCGGAGGAGCAGUGCCUCAAGCUGGUGGUCUGCUCGGGCCGGACGGAGCCAGCGGUGCAGCAGCUGCUGCAGGUGGCCAUCGAGCAGCGGCACGACGACGAGUUCCUGGCCCUCAUCAAUGACAUCCACUCGCAUCCCAUUCCGCUGCAUCCCUACCGUGGCUAUGCCGUACUCGGUCCCAGCGGCGCGCUCCAGCAGGAGAUACUCCCCUUCGAAGAGGAAUCGCGACCCAUUUGGUUCGUCUACGCGGGCAUGGGCAGCCAGUGGGCCAGCAUGGCCAAGGAUCUUAUGCAGCUGGACGUGUUCCGAAAAUCAAUAGAGCAGUGCGCCGAGGUGCUUGCCCGUGUAGAUUUCGAUCUGAUAGACGUCCUGACACGCUCCACAGAGCGCACCUUUGACAAUAUGCUGUACUCCUUCGUGUCGGUGUCCGCCGUGCAGGUGGCACUGACGGAUCUGCUCCAGACACUGGGCGUACAGCCGGAGGGCAUCAUUGGCCACUCGGCGGGAGAGCUGGGAGCCGCCUAUAUGGACGGCUGCCUGACGGCCGAGCAGACGGUGCUGGCGGCCUACUGGCGUGGUCGCAGCGUGCUGGACACGCCCGGCCUGCCGCGCGGCAAGAUGGCAGCCGUGGGCCUGAGCUGGGAGGAGAUUGCCGGCCACCUGCCGGCGGACUGCUAUCCGGUGUGCCACAACAGCGAGGACAACUGCACGGUGUCGGGUCCGGUGGAUGCGAUGGAUGCGGCCAUCGCGCAGCUGCAGGCGGAGGGCGUCUUCGUGCGCGAGGUGGGCUCCGGCGGCUAUGCCUUUCACAGUCCGUACAUCGAGGGCGCCGCCCCGAUGCUCCGGCGCAACCUGGAGCGCCUCAUCACGGAGCCCAGGCCACGCAGCCAGCGGUGGCUGAGCACCAGCGUCGCCGAGCAGGACUGGCAGACGCCAGAGAGUCGCGUGGCCUCCGCCGGUUACUUCAUCAACAACCUGAUCUCGCCCGUGCUCUUCCAGCAGGCCGUCCUGCACAUACCGCAGAACGCGCUCAUCGUGGAGAUCGCACCCCACGGCCUCUUCCGGGCCAUCCUGCGCUCCCUGGGGCCGCGCAUCAGCUACGUGAGCCUCAUGCAGCGCGGCCAUGCCAACAACUACGAGUUCCUGCUCAGCCAAUUGGGGCGUCUGUUCGCCGCUGGCGGGCAGCCGCAGCUGCUGAGCAUCUUCCCCGAGAUCAGCUAUCCCGUGUCGCGGGGCACCCCCAUGCUGGGCUCCCUGGUCGGCUGGAAUCACACGCAGAAGUGGAACUACCCCAAGUUCAAGGGCGGCCGGCAGUCGGGGCAGCUGAGCGUGGAACUGGAUCUGUCCAAGGAGGAGAACGCCUUCCUCGCGGGCCACACCAUAGACGGCAGGAUUCUGUUCCCUGCCACGGGCUACAUGACGCUCGCCUGGAUGAUGCUGGCCCAGCAGCAGGGACUGGACUAUCUGCGCACUCCGGUGCUCUUUGAGGACGUGGCCUUCCAUCGGGCCACCAUCCUGAAUGCGGCCAACAAAGUGAAGCUCUCGCUGAACUACUUUCCGGGCAGCAGCAGCUUCGAGAUCUGCGAGGGCAGCAGCCUGGUCGUCUCCGGCAAGCUGCGCCUCGUCACGAAUGUGCAGCAGGAGCGGCUCGAUCUGCCCGCACUGCCCGGCACUGCGGGCACCCAGACGCUCUCCACCAAGGACAUCUACAAGGAGCUGCGUCUGAGGGGCUACGACUACAGUGGCGUCUUUCAGGGCGUCCUGGAGGCGGACACUGCCGCGGUGAGGGGUCGCCUGCAGUGGGCAGACAACUGGAUCAGCUUCAUGGACACCAUGCUGCAGUUCCGCAUCCUCAGCAACGACAUCCGCGAGCUGUACGUGCCCACGGGCAUCGAGCGGGCGCUCAUCGAUCCGCUGCGCCACAUGGAGCUGGUGAAGCGGCACCAGCAGAAGCUGCCUGUCCACUGGCACCGCAACAUCUCGGUGGUGAAGUGCGGCGGCGUGGAGAUCCACAAGAUGAAGACCGCGCAGACGCAGCGGCGUUCGGGGGGUCAGUCGGCGCCCAUUUUGGAGCGCUAUCGGUUCGUGCCACAUGUCCAGCACGUGGGGCAGCGCGAGGAUCAGCAGCGCUCGCGGAGCACAGCCCUGGCGGUGGCCAUUCAGCUGCUCGUGGAGAACUGCGGCUGUCCCAUCAAGCUGAAGGGCGUGACACUGUCUGCGGAUCCACUGCACGCCCUCGAGCUGCGGGAGCUGAUCGAACGGGAGCCCGUUCUGGUGGCGGAUCUCUCUGUGGUGAGUGCGGCAUGCGGCGCGGAAUCCGAGCUGCAGACCCAGCUCAAGGAGGCGGGUGUCAAGGUCAUAGCCAAGGAUCUGUCGGCGGGUGCCGUGGAGCAGCAGUGUCACUUUGUCCACGCCCUCGAUCUGCUCACAAAGCACUCCCCGCAGGACAUCCAGCACUGCGUGCAGUCACUCAGAGCCGAGGGCGGUGGCUUCCUGCUGCUGGAGGAGACUGCCAGUGGCUACAAUCUGACGGGCAGGGAUGCGCUCACGAAACUGCAGCUGCUGCCGGUGCUGGAGCACUUCUUUGGCACGGAUCGCGUGCUGAUCCUGGCCAGAAAGCGGCCCAGCACGGAGCCCAGUCGAUCGCUCGUCGUGGCCAUCAGCAACAGACAAUUCAAGUGGAUUGCGGAACUGAAGAGCGCCCUGGCCAAGGCACAGGCUGAGCAGCGGUGCCUCUAUCUGGUGGCCCAAGGCGAGCCCAGCUCUGGGGCUCUCGGUCUGAUGAACUGCCUCAGGCGGGAGCAGGGCGGCAGCUGCGCCAGACUGUACCUGAUGCUGGACGAGGGUCUGCCAGCGUUCUCGCUGGACGAACCCUUCUACGCCGAGCAGCUGGCCAAGGAUCUGGCCAUCAAUGUCUACAGGCAGGGCGCCUGGGGCACCUUCCGUCACCUGAAGCUGGACGCCCAGCAGCACCCACUGCCCGUGGAGCAGGCCUACGUGAACACCCUGGUCAAGGGAGAUCUCUCCUCGCUGCGCUGGAUCGAGAGUCCGCGCAGCAGCCAGCUGCCUGCCCAGGGCAGCUUCGAGCCAUGCACCGUCUACUAUGCGCCCCUCAACUUCCGGGAUGUGAUGCUGGCCUCCGGCAAACUGGGCGUCGAUGCGCUGCCCGGCGAUCUCGCCUUUCAGGACUGCGUCCUCGGGCUGGAGUUUGCGGGACGCGACUCCCAGGGACGCCGCAUCAUGGCCAUGGUCACGGCCAAGUCGCUGGCCACCAAUUGCCUGGCGAACAGGAACCUGCUGUGGGAAAUUCCCCACAACUGGUCCAUGGAGCAGGCUGCCACAGUGCCCGUCGUCUAUGCCACCGUCUACUACGCCCUGGUGGUGCGCGGACAGAUGAAGAAGGGCGAGCGCAUCCUCAUCCAUGCCGGAUCCGGAGGCGUGGGCCAGGCAGCCAUCUCGGUGGCUCUGGCCCAUGGCUUGACCGUCUUCACCACGGUGGGCAGCAAGGAGAAGCGCGAGUUCCUGCUGAAGCGAUUCCCCAAGCUGCAGGAGCGGCACAUUGGCAACUCCCGCGACACCUCGUUCGAGCAGCUGGUCAUGACGGUGACCAAUGGCGAGGGCGUGGAACUGGUGCUCAAUUCCCUCUCCGAGGAGAAGCUGCAGGCCUCCAUCCGCUGUCUGGGGCUCAACGGACGCUUCCUGGAGAUCGGCAAGUUCGAUCUGAGCAACAACAGCCCCCUGGGCAUGGCCGUGUUCCUCAAGAACACCGCGUUCCACGGCAUCCUGCUGGACAGCGUGAUGGAGGGCGAGGAGGAGAUGCAGCUGCUGGUGGCCCGGCUGGUCACCGAGGGCAUCCAGAGUGGCGCUGUGCUGCCGCUGCCCACCACUGUGUUUGCGGACAGGGAGAUCGAGAAGGCGUUCCGCUUCAUGGCCUCGGGCAAGCACAUCGGCAAGGUGCUGCUGCAGGUGCGCCACGAGGAGCAGCAGCAAUCUGCGCUGCCCAAGCUGCGGCAGAUCAACGCCAUUCCCCGCUCCUACAUGCAUCCGGAGAAGAGCUACAUCCUGGUGGGUGGACUGGGCGGUUUCGGGCUGGAGCUGGCCCACUGGCUGGUGUCCCGUGGCGCCCGUUUCCUCGUCCUGAGCUCCCGUUCGGGCCUGAAGACCGGCUACCAGGCGCUGAUGAUUCGUCGCUGGCACGAUCGGGGCGUUCAGGUGCUGAUCGACACGAGCGAUGUGACGACGGCCGUGGGCUGCCAGCGGCUGCUGGAGAGCAGCAACAAGCUGGCCCUGGUCGGAGGCAUCUUCAAUCUGGCCGCCGUGCUCAGGGACGGACUGUUCGAGGAUCAGACGGCGAAGCACUUUGAGCAGGUGACGGCGCCCAAGCUGCUGGCCACCCAGCAUCUGGACAGACUCUCGCGCGGCCUGUGUCCCGCCCUCGAGUACUUCAUUUGCUUCUCCAGCGUGUCCUGCGGCCGCGGCAACAUUGGCCAGACCAACUACGGCCUGGCCAACUCCGCCAUGGAGCGGAUCUGCGAACAGCGGCAGGGCGACGGCUAUCCGGGCACGGCCAUCCAGUGGGGCGCCAUCGGCGACACGGGUCUGAUUAUGGAGCACAUGGGCAACAACGACACCGUCAUCGGUGGCACCCUGCCCCAGCGCAUGAACAGCUGCCUGGAGACGAUCGAUUUCCUGCUGCAGCAGCCGCAUCCCGUCAUGGCCUCCAUGGUGCUGGCCGAGAAGCGCAAAGCGGAGCAGACGCAUCGCCUCAGUCUGAUCGCGACGAUAGCCAACAUCAUGGGACUGCGGGACGUGAAGAGUGUGCAGGACAAGACGACGCUGUUCGAUCUGGGCAUGGACUCGCUGAUGAGCACGGAGAUCAAGCAGACGCUGGAGCGACACUUCGAUCUGGUGCUGACCGCGCAGGAGAUACGCCAGCUGACAUUCAGCGCACUCAAGCAGAUCGAUGCCCAGGAGCCCGGAGUCACGGCGGCAGGCGGCUCGGGCGCCAGUGCGGACUCGGCGGCGGCGGCGGCGGCGGCCACAGCAACUGCGGCAGAUGGCAAGGUGGGCGAGAUAAAGGGACAGGGACAGAGCGAUGAGACACGCAAGGUAUUCGCCAAGGAAGUAUUACCCCAGGAAGUGCUCGUGCGUCUGCACUCAAAGGCGCCGGUGGCCAGCGAAGAGCCCGCCGUCUUCUUCCUCGCACCCAUCGAGGGCUUCACAAUUGCCGUGGAGGCGCUGGCCUCCUCCCUCACCUGCCCCGCCUACGGCCUGCAGUGCACCGAACAGGUGCCGCUCGACUCCAUCGAGGCCUGCGCCGCCUACUAUCUCGGGCAGAUUCAGCGGCUGCAGCCGCGCGGCCCCUACAACAUUGUUGGCUACUCCUAUGGCUGCCUGCUGGCGCAUGCCAUUGGCGUGGCCUUGGAGCAGCGACGCUUCGGCGUCAAGGUCAUCAUGCUGGACGGUGCCCCCACCAUUGCCAGCGGCUAUGUGCAGGAGGCCAAGAAGCAGACCGACGACCUCAAUCGACAGCAGUCCAUGACGUUGGCCUACUUUGGUGCCCUGCUCGCCGACGUGGAUUACAAUCAGCUGCUGCAAUUGCUAGAUGGCGUCAAGACGUGGCCAUCGAAGCUGGACAAGCUGGCCGACACUCUGGCCGGACACACGCAACAAACCAAAGCAGUGAUCAAGAAAGCUGCCUGCAUGUUCAAGCAGAAGCUUUUGCUCUCGGAGAGCUACAAGGGAGCCAAGCAGCUGCACAGCGAUGUGGUGCUAAUCAAAUCCGCCGAGCACAAUGCCAUAAUGGCCCAGGACUAUGGCCUCAAGGAGAUAUGCAGCGCCCAGAUUGAUAUGCAUGUGGUGGAGGGCACACACAGGACGUUCCUCAAGGAGGCGCAAACGUUACAGAUCCUCGAGCGUGUGCUGAGGAAGCGGCUCUAGUUGAUAGCAUCAUGAUUUACUCUGUAGCUGUUAAUGUAUCGUUAUAUGUAUAUGUAUACCAAUAAUACACGUAGCAAUCUGCCCGGAUUGUAUAAGUAAUCGUACUAUAAGCGAUCUAAUGCGAAUUCGUUUGGUUGGGUUUGGUUUUGGUUUCUGGACACGCGACUGGGAUCGUGGCGCUCGCAUGAUUUACGAUGAAUCACGAUAGUCCGGCGGCAGUAGCAGCGGCGGCAGCGGCGGCGGCCUUUAUAUGACCCGUUAAAAAAAAAAAUUUCAAUGUACCUUUCCAUAAUUGAUAAUAAUUCCAAUUCCUAUGUACUUAAUAUUAAGGUUGUAUUCUAUCUACGAACAAAUGUGCCCAGACCAGACGAUUAACAGUCGCGCUAUGUCUGCCUCUGUACAUACUUAUACAUAUAUACAUAUGUAUGUUACUUAUAACAGAGAGAGAGUGUGUUUGUGUGUUUUCAUAUGAGACUGUAUUUAGUAGCAACUAAAAGUGGUCCGAUUCCUGCCGGGACAAAUCAAAAUUUGUACAUCUUCACGCAGGCAACAGCUGACCAGAGGCCCUACACCCACCCUAACUACCAGAGAGAGAGAGAGAACGAGCACAUAAGCAGAGCGAGCUUAUCUUCGCGCUGCUUCUGGCUGCUCUCUUCUCUUCUGGCGAUGCUAAAUAAAGCUUUCGUCGCGCCUCAUAUAAAAGGCGACGCUCACCUGAUGCCUGGACUAUUACCGUUUUAUUUCUCGCUGGCAGUUCGUGAGCGUAACCGAACCAACUCACAGUUGUCGUGCUUUAUUAACCGCUACGCUUCAAACACAGUGUGUCUUUCGCCUCCAGUAUACGGCCCCAGCCACAGUGCAAAACGAAGAGUGUAGCAAAAUUAUUUGCAAAGAAAAUCGCUAACGGUAACUAGCGCCAAGCCAACAAAACGGAAGGAGAACAAUAGCAAAAGGAAAAGUGCUGUGUUUUUGUAUUGGUUAAUUGCAAAAGUAGCGUAGCUAACGGUUUCGAAAGUCAGUCAGGACCAACUGCA